AUGCACCCAAAUGCACUGGGUGGUGACCAGAGACGGGAUGACAUUGGAUUUGAUCAAUUUCUUCCAAUAAUGUACCUGCUGCCGAAUCUGUACCUGCGGUUCUAUCAGAUGUGGGCGGCUAUUUUUCAACCCCCCUUGACCUCCGAGGCUAUAACCCCAUCCCAAGUGCCGAGGAAUGUACCAGACCGCGUUCUUAGCGCUAUAUCGUUAUUUAUCCCUCAUCCUACAGUUUCAACCCUCGGGGGCUCUAGGGAAGAGGACAACCGAAUUGCUCUGGAGGACUCAUUUGAACCGUCACAGGGAACAGACGGCGCAAUAAUGACAAACGUGAAUAGUGCUUUGGUAGAAAGCGCAGCUCCUCAUCUAGUACUUAUUACUGGCACAGAUACUGCAACGUCUGAGGUGGUGGUGAUAGGAGCCUACCUACCCCCAGGGUCUACGGGAGUAGCUUUGCAUCUCUUCUUCCAGCUGCAGCCACGAUUCCGUCUUCUCCGAUGGAAUGGUGGUUCCAAAGGGCUGAUGGACAGGAUGUACGCGGAUGAUGAAUCUCUGUCCGAGGCAAAUUCUGUUUCCGAAACCAGUGACGACUCCAGAAUGAGAAGCCCAUUUGGGAUAAAUCACCCGAAUAAUGGAUGCAUUUACCUCAAAGUCGACUCAGUGAAAAAGCUUGCUUAUUUGGCCGACCAUGCUAAAGGCCGGGAAGGGCUUCUCGAAGUUGCAUUCAGUCACCUCAGUGUUCUGGGUGUUUCGGGUGGCGGGCCCGCUGUGCUUCCAGGUCUUGCGGAAACCUGUUCGACGAAUGUUCUUCCAGGGUCAUUCAGAACCCCCCAGAAGUCAGGAUUUACGGGAAAGAACUCAAGGAGCGAAUAA